CAACUUUUGUCUAUGAAAAUUAGUGGCUAAAAAUUUUGUUGGGGAAGGUUAGGUAACUUAGAAGAAACUAAGUAUGUAGGUUUUUCGCUUGUUAUUAGUAAAUUUAUAUUAUGGCAACAAGUUGUAAGAGUUUUUUCAAAACUGAAAAUGUUUUUUAGUGUUUUCUUAUAUUCAUCGUUUUUUCCCAGGAAAGGGAGUGUUAAGAUGAUUUUAAAAAGAAAUUUUUGCUGAAAAACAUUGGACAUCUUUGAUUUGGGAGAAAUCCUUCUAUCCCUUCGGGUUGAUAGUUAAACAAUGUUUUUGUUUGCAAAGAUGACUUAUCAUUUGUUGCCUAGAUAUAUUUGUACUAAGAACAAGAGUUAUAUUUACCUACUUAGUUUUACCUAAGGUAUCUAAUCGUCCACAACAUCCUUAGCCAGCCAUAUUUAUGGAUUCAGAUGAUGAUAAUCAUCAAAAUAAUUUGAUUAAACAUGAAGAACUUGUGGAAUAUCCAAAAAAUUUGGAUAAACUUAAUAAAUGGACAAUUCCAUCAGUACCUUCAAAUCAAAUUUAUAAAUUUGGCAAAAUAGAUAUAUUAUCUCGUUUUGCUGUAAAAAGUUUAGAACAAACUAUUCAAAUUUCUGAAAGUACUCAGACAAUCAAACUUUUAACAAAAAAGGAUUUACUUCCUUUUAAAAAUUAUAAUUAUAUCCAUGUUGGUUUAAUACAAGUUGCUGUUAAACCUUUGACCUUGCUAGGAUUAAAUACUAGCAUCCUAGGAUAUAUUAGGGACGGUAGAUGUAAAGAUUUUAAACAAUCUUUAGCUGCUUUAAUUGAAACAAGUCUGUGUCAUGGACCAGUCUAUUUUGAUGUCUCUCCCAACAUAAGCUUAUCCAUGUCUGAUAAAAAUCUAUUAGACGCUCUCCAAUUAACUAUUCAUACUAAUGGUUACAAUUUCAAACCUGGUAGUGAAAUUAUGGCUAUAUGUUAUAGGGUUUAUUACAAAGUCCUUACCACAUUAAACCCUAAAGCUAAACAAAUAUCGUUUCCUGGAACUACUACUUUAGUUCAAACAAAUUUGCUUACCUCUAAUGUUGCAACUAAUAGGUUGCUUAAAUGGGAUGAAAUUAAUUUUCCAGAAACCUGGAACCUCCCUCAGGCCAUUGAACCGGAACCUAUCCUUAAUAAGGAUGUUGAUCAAAUAAUCCAAUCAAGUGAUGGAGAUCUAGAGAUAAAUUUUAACUCUAAAAGAAUGAUUAGAAUACCUAGAUCCAUGUCUGGAAGACAUUCUGUGAAUUCUAUAAAUGAAUUUUAUUCUGCUCCCAGUCAAUUAGCUAGACCUUCAACUUCUCAAUUAAGAGAAGAAAUAGAAGUUGUUGAAAAUAUAAGACUCAGUGAAAACAAAAUUCCUCAUGGUAUAUAUCAAAAACCAAAUCCUCCUAGAGUAGAAUCACCUACUCCCUCAGAUAUGGACUUCCCGUUAUAAUGUUAGAUUAUUCUCCAGGUAGUAAUCUAAGAAACCUUGUCAAUGACGAGUUUCAGCAUACUAGAUACACCCAAUUUAGAGAAUGGUUUUUUAAAACUUUUUCGGCUCCUAUGUUAGCAAAUUUUAAAGAAGAGUACUAUACUCAAAUGUCUAUAAACCAAGAUUUCAUUCCCUUUGUCAAAUGGUUUAUUAGUUACUAUAUAACCAAACAAAAAGAAGAAUUGGUUUUUAUGAAAAAAAACGAACUUUUAGUUCUUCAAAAACCUUGGGAAAGUAUCCAAGGAGAAAAAAUGGAAUCUCCUUUUCCCCCAGAACAAACAAUAAGUUUGGGUUCUCAUACUGAAGCUACACCUUAUCUUACCCUUCAAUUACAAAGGGUUGAACAAAAUCAGAUUACUCUAAAAGAGUUAAAUUCCAUAAUUAGAUCCAACAAUUAUACUAAUGCCUACCUUGUUUGUCUUGGAGAACAAUUUAUUUCUCUAAAAAAAGAGCUUUUAUCUAUUAAAGACCUUUUAAAUAAACAAAUAGCACGUCAAAAAAUUAUUAUUGACCUUAUUAAUAAACCUAAUACUCCAGAACAAGCUUCUACAUCUACAAUAUUAGAUGUCCCUAUAAUUCAACCUCCUAUUCCAAUAGAAGGAUUUAAAAUGGAAACAAAUGGUAAUGAGUUUGUUCGCAUUCUUGAGAAAAAGCUUAAAGAUUUACAUUUAACGGUUAUGACUAACCAAGACUCUUCCAAUGAAGAAGACAUCAAUGAUUUAGCAAAUAUGUUUGCAGAUUUAGACAUUAAUAAUCAAGAUACUAAUGAGAUAAACCCUGUUUAUAGCUCUAAACCCUUAGAAAAAUACUAUUAUAAACGUCCCUCUCCUCAAGACGUACUUUUUGAGGAACCUGAACCCUACCAGAAUUCAUAUUCUGGAAAAGCCAUUUAUGAAUGGAAUAUUGAUGGUUUAAAUGACAAGCAAAUAGUUGAUACAAUACAUAGAAUAAUUAUGUAUUCAACUGUUUGUAAACAGCACGGAAAUUCUGACAGCGAAAUUGCCUCUUUCAUAUCAACUGGAUUUGUUGGUCAAUUAAGAGGCUGGUGGGAUAAUUAUAUUACUGAAAGUCAGAAAAAAGAUAUUCUUAACCAUAAGAAAUUAGUUAAGUCUGAAAAUCCUGGAACCGGAGCAAGUAGUAUUGCCACCACAGGUGAAGAAGAUGCGGUUUAUACACUGUGUCUCUCUAUCCUUCAACAUUUUGUUGGAAACAAUGUCCCUAUUGGAGAGAAACUUCAAACUUUACUUCAAAAUCUAAGAUGUCCUUCUCUUACACAUUUUAGAUGGUAUAAAGAUACCUUUUUGUCUAGAGUUUACCAAUUAAAAACUCCAAAUUCCAUUCACUGGAAAGCCAAAUUUAUUGAUGGAUUACCCCAUUUCUUCUCUGAAAAGGUGAGAAAUUCUUUAAGAAGUAAAAAUGAUGGGAUAAAUAUUAAUUACCAUGAUCUUACUUAUGGUCAAAUUAUUAGCACUUGUGUUAAUGAAGGAUUAACCUUAUGUAACGAUAUUAAGCUUAGAAAUCAGCUUAAGAAACAGAAACUUUCUGAAAAACACCAAAUGGGUGAAUUUUGUGAUCAAUUUGCCUUUGAUCUUGGAAAAUCUUCAGAAAGUAAGAAAAGGAAAGGCAAAAUAUUCAGAAAUAAAUCUCAUCAAAAUAAGGAUAGUUAUAAAAAUUCUUAUAGAAAGAAUAAGAGAAGGAGUCACUUUAAUAAAAGUAGACCAAAAGAUAAGCCUCUUAAUCAUAAAGGCAAAAGAAAAGCUAAGAUGCUUGAUGUAUCUUGCCACAAAUGUGGUAAAGCUGGUCAUUAUGCAAACCAAUGUUGGACAAAAAAGGCUCUCAAUGAAAUUGAGGAUGAGCAAUUACGUUUUCAACUUGAGAAAGUUUGCUUAAUUAAGUCUGAAUCAGAGACUAAUUCUUCUAAUGAAGAUAUUAACAUGAUUUAUGAAUCAUCAUCAGAUUAUUCCUCUGAUGAUUCUGACAAUAAUAACUGUCAAUGUAAUCAAAUUGAUUACUGGAAGUCUAUUGUGGACAUGAAUGGUCUUAAUGUUCUUACUACAGAACAAGAUGAAGCCAUAAAAGCUAUUGAAUCUAUCUCUGACCAUAAGCUUAAAAGAAAAAUGCUUGAAGUCUUAAUUCAAGAAAAUUCUAAAAAAGAAUCUCCUAUCAUUAUUGAAGCCCCUUACCAAUUAAGUGAGGUUUUAUCCAGAUUCCACCAAUCAAAUGUUCGUGAAAUUCCUGUUUCCCUCUCUGAUUUACAUAGAGAAAUUAAUCUUUUAAAAUCUGAAAUUACUCAGAUAAAAAAUGAUAAUCAAAGAUUAUCUCAAAGGGUUUCCUUACUUGAAACAGGUAACCUUAAAGUUGAAGAAAUAUCUUCUACUAGCAGUCCUACUACUAAUGAUAGGUUUCUUACUCUUAUUGAUAGAGUAAUUUCUCAAAAAUGGUUUGUUAAAAUAACUUUAGUUAUUAAUAGAACAUUUAUUUUAGAAAAUGAAGUUGCCCUUAUUGAUAGUGGCGCUGACCUUAAUUGUCUUCAGGAAGGAAUUGUUCCUACCAAAUAUUAUACCAAAACCACUCAAACCCUUGCCCAAGCUAGUGGUGACAAAUUAACGGUUAAUUAUAAAUUACCAAAUACAUAUGUCUGUAAUCAAGAUAUUUGCUUACCUACCCAUUUUAUCCUAGUAAAAAAUAUGACUCAUAGAGUUAUUCUGGGAACUCCGUUUUUAAAUAGUAUUAUGCCUUUAAUUAAUGUGGACACUAAAGGCAUCACUACCAUGAUUAAUGGUAAGACGGUCACUUUUGAAUUUAUUACUGACCCUCAUAUUAAAAUGCUUAAUGAAGUUAAAAGUAUUCUUUUAAAUAAAGAAAAACAAUUAAGUUUUCUUAGAGAAGAAAUUAGUUUAUUAAAUAUUAAUGAACAACUUAAUAAAAAUGAGAUUAAAGAACAAAUCAAAUUGAUUGAGCAACAGUUUAAAAAUGAAGUGUGUAAUGAUUUACCAAAUGCUUUUUGGGAUAGAAAGAAACAUGUUAUUUCUUUACCUUAUCUUGAUGACUUUAACGAAAGUCAGAUUCCCACCAAAGCUAGGCCAGCUCAAAUGAACCAUGAGUAUUUGGAGCUAUGCAAAAAGGAGAUAGAAUCUCUUUUAGAGAAAAAAUUAAUAAGAAAAUCCAAAUCUCCUUGGAGUUGUACAGCUUUUUAUGUUAACAAUGCUGCUGAAAAAGAACGUGGGGUCCCUAGACUUGUUAUUAAUUACAAGCCUCUUAAUAAGGUGUUAAGAUGGAUUAGGUAUCCUAUUCCUAAUAAAAAAGACCUUUUAGAUAGAUUAAACAAUGCUUUAAUCUUCUCUAAGUUUGAUAUGAAAUCUGGUUAUUGGCAAAUUCAGAUUAAUGAAUCUGAUAAGUAUAAAACUGCCUUUACCGUACCCUUUGGACAUUAUGAAUGGAAUGUCCUUCCUUUUGGCCUUAAAAAUGCCCCUUCGGAAUUUCAAAAUAUUAUGAAUGAUAUUUUUAAUCCUUAUACAGAAUUUAUAAUUGUUUAUAUUGAUGAUGUUUUAGUUUUUUCUAAAACUAUAGAUCAACAUAUUAAACAUUUGAAAAUAUUUAAAGGAUUAAUUAAACAUAAUGGAUUAGUUAUAUCUGCUCCUAAAAUGAAAAUUUUUCAAACUAAAGUUAGAUUUUUGGGUCAUGAAAUUGACCAAGGAACAAUAGUUCCUAUACAAAGAAGUAUUGAAUUUGCUUCAAAAUUCCCCAAUAUUAUUACAGAUAAGAAACAAUUACAAAGAUUCCUUGGUAGUCUUAAUUAUAUAGCAGAUUAUUAUGAAAAUCUUGCUAAAGAUACUGCCAUAUUACAUGCUAGGCUUAGAAAAAAUCCUGGCCCGUGGACUAAUGAACAUUCUCAGGCAGUCCAAAGAAUCAAAAAUAAGGUCAAAUGUUUGCCUUGUUUAUCUCUUGCUAAUCCUAAGUAUUUCAAAAUUGUUGAAACUGACGCUUCAGACUUAGGCUAUGGAGGAAUCCUUAAACAGGUUAUACCUGAUACAUCAAAAGAAGUAUUAGUUAGAUUUACUUCUGGAAAAUGGAAUCCUACUCAAUCUAAAUAUUCUACUAUUAAGAAAGAAAUGCUUUCUAUUAUAAAAUGUAUUUCAAAAUUUCAAGAUGAUCUUCUUAAUAAGAAAUUCUUAUUAAAAAUUGAUUGCAGCUCAGCUAAAUCAAUUAUUGAAAAAGAUGUUAAAAAUCUUGUUGCUAAGCAAAUUUUUGCUAGCUGGCAAUCUCAAUUAUCUAUGUUUGAGUUUGAUAUUCAACACAUUAAAGGUGAAAAUAAUUCACUUGCUGACUACCUAACUCGUGAAUUUUUGCAGGGAAAAAAUGAUGACCCCAUAUAGGGGAAGAGGCCGCGGCUAUGGCCGUGGUGGAAGAGGGAGUAACAAUAUGUUACCCCAACCUGAAUCAAACAUUCCUCUAAUAGGGGAUUGGACUACAGUUUACAAAGGAAGAAAAAUGCAGCAAUUACCUGCAUCUUCCUCAAAAAAGGAAGAUAUUGCUUCCUCAUCUAAUAAAAAUACUUCCUACAAGGAAAUUGCGGUUAAUAACCCACCUCAAGAACAACUGGAUUAUUUUGAAAAUCCAGUAACUGAAAAAAUCAUGUAUGUUGAUGAUGAAGAUAUUAAGAUAAAUCCAAAUGAUGGAUGGUCUAUCAAAACAAGAUACCUCGAAUCACGAGGAUAUCCAGGUCUUCAUGGAAAAUCUAGGCCUCACCUAGAAAUUCUUUUGACUGUUACCGAAUCGGUAACAAUAACCCAUCACUACCAAAACAAUAACCCCGAAAGUUUUAUAAACUUCAGUAAAUGCCAUGUUAAUAAAAUCUUGUUACCAAGAGAAUGGGGUCUCAACCCAAAUGGUGAAAAAGCAAUAAGAAUUGCUGAAGGAAAGUAUAUUUACUUUAAUUAUUGGGACUAUGUCCAAGCUUUUACUCAAGCUUUUUAUUACCAAAAUCCUAAGAAUAAGCAUUCUUGGUUCUUCUCUAUUAAUCCAGAAUUGAUUAAUAGACCAGUACCAAAUUGGUUUUAUGAAUGGUGGACAAAAUUUGGUCCGUCUUUGGAAAUUCUACCCAAAGAAUUACUUGACUUGUACAACCCCUGGUGUGAUAAUAGUCCACUUAUCAUAAAUAUUUUAUCUGAAAAUUUAAUCACAGGACAAUGUCCGUUUUUAUUCUUUGCCAAAUUUCAGAUUCCUUGGAUAUGGAGAUGGUCUAUCACCAUGUCUCAAGAUAAAUUCAAUAUUCCCAUUUUAGAAAGAAAUUUCUUUUAUAAAUGGUGGAACAAGAUGAGUUCCGAAGAGAUCCAAAAUAAAAUUAUUAUGAUUCAAGCAGCCAUAGCUGAAGAUCAAAAUAAAAAAGCCAAAGAGCAAAAUUCCCAACAAAUGUCCAUGGGAAAUUUGAAGAAUUUCUUCCAAAGAAAAUAUCCAAAUGAAACAGAAGAAGAAAUUAUGGUUAGAACGCUGGAUUAUAUGAAGAAUCAGUUCUUCUCCACUUUUCCAACAAAAACAUCAAGAGAUGAAAAUUCAUCUAUGAAGACUAGCUCUUCUAUGGGAUCCAUGGAUUCCAAUAAUUUUGAUUGUUUGGCAGGAGAAACCCAAGCAGAGGACCCUACUGCUGAAGAUUUUUGGGAUGCCAUGAUUCAAUCCAUGGCUCAAAAGGCAAAGGAUAAAGCCAAAAGAUAGUAGAAUCUCAAGACAUAUAGAAAUGGACAAGAAAUCAUCUUUUCUUGUCGGCCAUUUCAAAAACCAAGUCAAGAUGAGAAUCUUAUCUUAUGGGAAAAAACAAUGCUAAAGACAAAAGCAAAGAUAGGAAGGAAUCUUAUCUCGGUAGAAGGCCCAUGCAAGCAUCUUUUGUUGGACCAUGCAAGCAUCUUUUGGAAUAGUAACAGAAAAUUUCCUGCUUUUGUAAGAUAGUUUGUUUUUUGUGAAUUAUUAUUGUGACGAUGGGGCCCAAUGUGUACCCGGCAUUAAUAAUUCUUCUAUGUUUUUGUAACCGGCUAUCGUAGGUAGCUUUUACCGGCUUGAAUAGUAAGCCUUUGUAUCCCUAUAUAAAGGGAAUAUCGUUUCGUUUGUAAGCACGCAAUUUUCAAUAAUAUAACAAAGUUUUUAUAUAACUCUGUCUCUUAUCAACCCACUUCCUUAAAAUUCAUAAAAUUCCGAUCCUGCUUCCGCUGAAAUACACUUCUUGUGAAAUACACUCCGCUUGCGCUGAAUUACACUUCUUGGUAUCAUCACCUGGUUAAAACCUAAGGGAAAAAAUGAUGACCCCAUAUAGGGGAAGAGGCCGCGGCUAUGGCCGUGGUGGAAGAGGGAGUAACAAUAUGUUACCCCAACCUGAAUCAAACAUUCCUCUAAUAGGGGAUUGGACUACAGUUUACAAAGGAAGAAAAAUGCAGCAAUUACCUGCAUCCUCCUCAAAAAAGGAAGAUAUUGCUUCCUCAUCUAAUAAAAAUACUUCCUACAAGGAAAUUGCGGUUAAUAACCCACCUCAAGAACAACUGGAUUAUUUUGAAAAUCCAGUAACUGAAAAAAUCAUGUAUGUUGAUGAGGAAGAUAUUAAGAUAAAUCCAAAUGAUGGAUGGUCUAUCAAAACAAGAUACCUCGAAUCACGAGGAUAUCCAGGUCUUCAUGGAAAAUCUAGGCCUCACCUAGAAAUUCUUUUGACUGUUACCGAAUCGGUAACAAUAACUCAUCACUACCAAAACAAUAACCCCGAAAGUUUUAUAAACUUCAGUAAAUGCCAUAUUAAUAAAAUCUUGUUACCAAGAGAAUGGGGUCUCAACCCAAAUGGUGAAAAAGCAAUAAGAAUUGCUGAAGGAAAGUAUAUUUACUUUAA